AUGGCUGAGCAAGAAAGCUCCGAAGCAGAAAGAAUCAAUUAUCCUGCUCGACAUGGCCCUUUUGGCAGCGAUAAUAAGUACCAUGUUGUGUGCGAGAAGUGGAAAAAUUAUGCCAUACGAUCGCCCUAUGUUAAAUUCAUGCUAGAAUCAAUGAAGAAGCUUGGAUGUGAAGUUAAUAUUGAAAAACAACUAGUGUGUGAGCCUUGUUCAGGCAAAGUUCUUGGCGGAUUCGAUAGCCGAGCUUCACAGAUAGUCUUAUGCGAGAAUACUAUAUAUUCGCCGGGAUGUAUGAAAGACGUACUUACGCAUGAGUUAAUCCAUGCGUAUGAUCACUGUAGAGCCCAUGUCGACUGGCUAAAUAUUCAUCAUCUUGCUUGCUCUGAGAUUAGAGCCGCAAAUCUUAGCGGUGAUUGUUUCUUUUGGAAAGAAAAUUUAGCUCGUUUUAACUUUGGCUUGAAACAACAUCAGCAGAAAUGUGUCAAAGAUCGAGCUGUAAAAUCUAUUUUAUGUGUGAUGGAUGUUGACGAAAAUGAAGCUAGAAAUGCUGUUGAUACAGUAUUUGAUUCAUGCUUUGCUGAUCUAGACCCUUUCGAUCGAAUACCACCAUAACAUGACAAAUCAAUUAUAGUAAUUCUUG